CUGAUGCAGCAGCAGACGACAGUUCUCUCCACCUCCCACGGCAGCUACUUGAGCCCAGGCAUCGCCUUUUCCCCUUGCCACAUCCAACAGAUCGGUGCCGUCAGUCUCAACGGGCUGCCAGCCGCUCCUAUUGCACCAACGUCAGGACUACAUUCACCGCCUCUCCUGGGGACAGCAGCCGUGCCAGGACUGGUGGCACCCAUUUCAAAUGGAUUCACUGGAGUGGUACCGUUCCCAAAUGGGCAUCCAACCUUGGAAACAGUUUACACCAAUGGCCUUGUGCCAUACUCAGCCCAGAGCCCUUCAGUAGCAGAGACUUUGCACCCAGCCUUCACAGGAGUCCAGCAGUAUGCAGCUGUGUAUCCAACCACCACCAUCACCCCCAUUGCUCAGAGCAUUCCUCAGCCACCUCCCAUCCUGCAGCAGCAACGAGAAGGUCCUGAAGGCUGCAAUCUCUUCAUCUACCAUCUCCCUCAGGAGUUUGGAGACAAUGAGUUGAUGCAGAUGUUCCUGCCCUUUGGCAAUAUUAUUUCCUCCAAGGUAUUCAUGGAUCGUGCCACCAACCAGAGCAAGUGUUUUGGUUUUGUAAGCUUUGACAAUCCAUCCAGUGCACAGACUGCUAUCCAGGCCAUGAAUGGCUUCCAGAUUGGCAUGAAACGUUUGAAGGUCCAGUUAAAACGACCCAAGGAUGCUAACCAUCCCUACUGA